GUUGGACCUUAUUCUGAACAAGGGUCAUCCUAGCGGGUACUAGUCGACAAUCUCCUCAAUCAUCGUGGCGGGCCAUUAUUAUCCCCCAGUUUCAUGAUCAUCUUUCCUCAAUGUCUAUGUGGCCGUUUACCUACGCCUGGCCAAGACCUUUCGAUGGAAGAGCUCCUCCAGUCCCCCCUAAUGCAAAUCCGAGGCAAUGGCUAGCAGGAAAUUGGAUACCGAAUCCAGCUUUUAACUGGCAUCAACCAUUCAACCAAGCGAGGAAUACCUGGGUUCCUGCUCAAGGAGGAGGUCAAUGGCCUCAACAACAGCAGAACGCACAGACGUUCAAUCCUUAUAAACGCGUACCGAAACCUCCAUCCGCAGAAUAUCUUGCCUCCAAGCUCUCGGAUAAUCCCUUGGGACUCACAAACAUGGUUUCGAGAGAAGAGCUAUAUGGACCAGGGGUAGAUGGCGUGCCUCCGGAAACGCCUUGGGUGUGGACUACUCAGGAUUUACAGGAUGAAGACGAAGACGGACAACCAGGAUCGACUACCACAUCUCUUCGUAGAAAUCCUUCGUCCCAAUCGCGUCAUGGAUCUACUCCAAACACUUCCAUGACACACUCCCAAACUACGGGUCAAUCGCAACCUUCACGACAUUCGUCCGAGCCACCACUUACCUCGUCUUCCGACUCUCCCAACGUGAACGGUCCAUUAGGUCGUCCCCGAAACCAAAUGGGGGGCGCUGGUAGUUCUAUAGCCUCUGCUCAAGCACAAACAGCUCCUUUAACGGCGUCUGCGAAUCCUCCUAAUCCAUUAGGCGUCGUGGAUGAUGUAAGAGAGUUGCGCCCGACGUUCUCUCCCCGGAUAGUGCGGACACCAGAACACUAUCGCACGGGUUCCACCUUAUCUCGUAGCAACUCCCUUGCCUCUGUAGCAAAUGAACCACUGUCAUCGGCUGUGGAAAGGAUGUCCACCAAUGAUGGAACACCGUCUCGUCGGUCAUCGUCGUCACGGAUACCAGAACACUACCGCAUGGGAAGUUCCACCUUAGUUCGUAACAACUCCCUUUCCUCUGAAGCAAAUGAGCCGCCGUCAUCAGCAAUGGAAAGGAUGUCUACCGAUGACGGAACACCGUCUCGUCGGCCAUCGUUCUCACGUCAGUCGUCCCUUUCAUCCACCGAGACUUCCUCAUCGGAUACUUCCACCGUUUCAAUGAGUGGGGUGGAAACUUUAUCAGACGAACCGGCUGGUAUAUUGAGUCCUUUGAUGCUAGAUACUCCCCACCUUCCGCCCACGAAACCACUUGGUCGCCACCACACUGCUCCCUCUAUAGGGGGUGGCCCACUGACCUCGAUACCUGAAGAUCGUUUGGGUCGUGCUCCACCCAUCCGCCAAGCCUCUGAUAUGUCUACGUCUGCAUCGUCCCAUCUAUCUGCUACACAGUCUACACAAUUUGCAGGCUAUUCUUCUGGCCCUGGCAAUGCGUCAUAUACCGGCCAAACCCAGAAUCAGAAUCAGUUUGAAGUAUAUGCUUCUUCCACCUCUAACUCUAGUAAAUCACCGGUUCCUUCGCGUCGAUCAUCGUCAUCGUCAUCUGCUGCCAAUAUGAACACGAGCUCAACUCACUCUAAUCUGCAUCCGUCCUCGUCCGGCUCAUCCCAGUCUCAUUCCGCUCUUAGAACGACCUCCGCCUCCCAAUCUACAGGAUACUUUGCCGGAGGUUCUUAUUCUUACCCGAAUACACAACAGAGUCAAACUCGCCUGUCGCAGCCGUCUGCUUCCGAUAGUCAUACACAGGCCUCACACAGGUCAGCAUCUGUCGGGGGAGAUGGCUACGCUGUUGGUUCCGGUGCCAGUGGUCACGGGCAGAACUAUCAGUAUCAUCCAUCUAGUUACGGUAGCGGGGCGAGUUCGGCAUCAUCUGCUGCUCAGGUGGUGAAUGUCCCUGCUCCUGCACAGAAUCAUCAUACGAACUACAGCCACAGUCAGAACUACCACCCUCAAUCCACGUACACCGGUGGAGCAUCAACAUCUCAUAAUCUCGGCGCAGGCAGUCGCGUAUCGCCCUCUGGAGCUGCAGGGGGCAGUUACUUAGGAGAAAACUCGAAUUCGAGUUCGCCGUCCAAAUCACCAUCUGGUGGAGUUGGUGUGUAUGGUGUUACCUCUUCCUCUCCUUACAGCCAGAACUACCCUCCUCCCUCUGGGAACACACCAUAUACAGGACAAGCACCGGUUUCGUCACCCAAUAGUGUUGGUCAAGCUUGGGUUUCGCCCAGAAGCUCGAAUUCAGGGCAGAGUAGUCAUAGUCGCAGUCGCACACAUUCGGGGUCUGGGGAUGCAAAUCAUCCAUCUUCUAGUGCCAGUACCAGUAGCUCGCAUGCACAUCCGACCAGUCAAAGCCAAAGUCAAAUCUACCCAUCGUCGGUCUCUUCCAGAGGCGUUACUCCAGCGUCCUCUACGAAAUCUUCGCCUUCGCAUGGGCAGAGUCAGAGUUACCAGGCUGCCUCUGCGUCGGCAUACGGGUACUCUUCGGCUUCGCGACAGUCGUCGACUUCGACGCCGUCCUCGUACAGUUCCGCCUCCAAUUCGGGUGCGGGCUAUGUUUAUGAUCGUGAUAGGUUAGUGGCGCCAGGUUCGAGCGGUAGUGGAGAAGUGACUACUGUUCACUCGACCACAUCUGCCGGAUCCCCGAACAAAUCUCCAGUUAAAUAUUCGUCUGCGUCUGCGUCUGCCGCUAGUGCGGCACACGUGCAUGAUAGACAUACGUCGUCGACCACACCAACGCCCCCAUCUAUGCUGAUUCAUUCGCAGGCAUCUGGUACAUCUGCAUCAACAGCUGCAUCUACCAGGGCGGGGGGUCCUCGGGGUUCUAACCCAUACGACUGGCGAUCAUCUUAUUCCACACCUGUACCACCAUAUGAUCGUAGUGGGACUUCGUCUACAUCGUCUACAUCCACUGUGAGGAACGACCGCGCCAACCCACCGGAAUCCUUGAAUCUCUCUUCUUCUCCUACCAAGGAUUCGAGGCAUAGAUCACGUUCUCGUGGAUCCGCCCCGCAGAUCUCCCCGAGUAGCAGUACCAGUAGUGGCUACGACUCUCGACAGCGAUCCAGACAUGCCUCCCCAAAUCCUCCUUUAGAUCAUGUGUCAGCGAAUCCGAAUCCGUUACCUGCCCCUCCAACGGCUGUACCUAUGAAUUAUGAAGCGCUGGCGAAUGGGCCGCAGUGGGGUAUGUCCAGUGGUAGUAGUCAGUAUCAUAAUCAGUAUACGACUUAUACCACUAGUCCCUCUUCCGGAUCGGCGUCGGCAUCGGGGAGUUCGGGGAGUGAGAGGUAUUUGGUUACGACACCUAGUACUAGUAAUAGUGGGAGUUCGUCGUUGGUUUCUACACCUGCCUCUAUUUCUGGGUCGCCUAUGCCUGGGAUGGUGUCUACUUAUGGGACUAUGUCCACAUCUGCGUCAGCUGCUGCGGCUGUUAAUGAGAUGAGAAGGUUAUCGGUGUCACCUCAUCAUGCUGGGCAAGGGAAUAUAAACACCAAACCUCAAGCUAAUAACAAUGCUAAUUCCACUUCCCAUUCCCAAAUUAACAAUCCUAGUUCCACUACCCACCGAUCAUCAAACCCAAUGCAUCAACAAGUCCGUAAGGGUUUCUGGAACAGACGAGGGGACCAUCUCACCCAAUCAGGUCAUAUCGUCUACGCACCUGUGAAUCGAGCUUAUCCACAUGAUUUGCGUACUUAUCCGACGGAGGAUUAUAGAAAUGAAAGUGGAAUGAUUGCUUCGUUUGUACCGAAUAGACCUGAAUUGCCAGAGUCACUGCCGAUGAGAGGGCAGCCACCGUCGAGGCCUUAUGAGUCGUUUAUAAUCUUUGCCGACGUCUAAUCUUUGAAUCCGUUUUUGAAUUUGACUCGAUUUGUUA